UCGUCAAGAUCUGUGCUUAGGCUGCGACUCCCAGGGGUUCUCUUACCACUACAUCUCCAAUUUCGGACCACUGAUGUCCGUAUUUACAAACAGAAAACACUGGUCGAGCCAGACGUUCCUAGAAUCAGAUACGAGCCCAUUAUCAUGGAAAAGGAAGUGCCAAUUCAAGAAGAAAAAGAGCAAAAAGUGGAAUCUAAGGGGGAAAUGAAGAAAGAAAUUAAGGAGGAGAUUGAGGAGGAAGUUAAGGAGGAGGUUAAGGAGGAUAUUAAAGGGGGGAUUAAGAAGGAACAGAACAGUGAAAUAAACGAAAAUUUGGACAGUACAAAACCCGUGGUUAGAACAUCGAAAAGGAUAAAAAAGAAAAGGAGCCUUUCCCCGCCAGCUCCAAAAGUAGAACCUCCCAAGAAAGGAAAGAAGAGGCCUAAAAAGGAUACAUCCAGGGACUUUCAAAUGAUUGUCAACGACAUUACGUCUUUGAAGAAUCUUUUUGAUAUGCUCGAGCAGCAAGUGAAUGCAAAAUCCAGUCGGCGUUUGCCUGAAAAAGAUCUGCAUCAAAUGCUGGAAGCACUUUAUGUUGAAUUGAAAAAGAGAGAAGCGAAUUUUAUUAAAAGCAACCUGAAAGCGCGAACGAAAGUGAUGUUGGAAUGCAAGGCGCCUGAUGAGGAAGUAAACCAACCGGAAGACAAGCAAGAUAAAGAAAGUGGUUGGGAGAGUGGAAAUGAUGAUGAGUUUGAAGAAGAGAGUGUCAAGGCCGAAGAUGUACUGCCAUUAACGAAGGAAAAUUAUGACGAAAUGCCUCAGUUGGUGGCACCCAGCGUGGAAUCCGUUGUUUUAUCGCCAAAUGACGCGACAGUUGCGUCUUUUUUGUUAAGUAAGCAAGAUCGUCGGCUAAGGAACAAACGUUUUGAUGUAAAACAGUUGUUUGCCGAUACUGAUCAGCCUCCUCGGAAAAGGCCUAAGGUUCAACCUGAGAGGCAGACUGCGUCAACAGAGACGGUAGACAGUGGACGCUGGACCAGGCUCAGUCUUGGUCAAAAGGCCGGAGAGGCAAACAGCAUUGGCUUUGGGAAGGCAGGAAAUGAAAGCCAGCUGAGCAGAAAACACGUUGGCUCAGUUUAUGGUACCAGGAGACAGUCAAGGCUUAUGUCUGAUGACGAUAUCAGUGAAAGUGAUAUUCAAAUGUUGAGAAAUAGAAGACUUGAGAAGAUAAAAAAUGACUUGAAGGAAGGAAAGCUAUUGAAACCUGAAGAAGAGAGAAAUCUUGCAAAUUUAGGCCUAUCUGUUAACGACUUAAAAGCAUUGAAAACUGACCAUUCGGUUCUUGAAAACGGUUGUGAAAAAAGCGGACAAAAGAAGCGUGCAAAUAGUGAGUCUGGGGAGAGUUUCCGUUCUUAUGAUGGGCUUAAGGCCCUAGCCGAUAUUGCCAGUUUAGCACAGAAGGAGACUUCAUCAACUGAGAGUGGAAGAAAAAAGGAAGUAAGUUUUGUAAAACAAGGCGCAGGAAGUCAGGCUAAGGUAGUCAAAACUGCUGCUGUGUUAAGCAAAGUAAAAAAUAUAUCUCAGAAAUCAACGAAGGAAUCUCUGACUGUCCUUGAAGGAGGGGGUGGUGAUGUCAACCAGAAAGAUGUCAUUGUUCUUAAAAAUGAACAUGGUAAAGUUGAUGUAAUGCAGAUGAAACUGGGACCAAGCGAGAUCAUUGUAGUGACAAAGGACAAACAUUCACAUGCAAAAACAGUAAUAGGCACAGAGAAGGGCAAAAAGACUAACGAGCCACUGAAGGCGAAUCAAGUUCCCAAUAACAAAGACAUUCAAAUCGAUUGCCAGAAAGCUGAUACAGCUAUACCAACAGUGGUGCAAAAGAAACCUGUACUGUUUCCAGAAUCACCAGAAUGUUCACCAGGAAAGGACAAGUCCCUUGUUUUGCAAAGACGAAGGCCGAAUAUUUUAAGAAAGCCAACUGUUAUUAUCGCUUCUAAUACAGCAACUGCCACUGGGAAGGAGGGCCUAGGUCAAAAGCAAACUAACGUUAUUGUAGUGAAAAGCCAGCAAGAUCGAGCUGAACUAGUUGGUGCAAGACCUGUGCCUAAUAUAAAUAUAGCAUCUGCCUCCAACCUAACGGCACCCUGCAGCAGUGUUUUGUCACCCGUGAAGCCAAGUGUGUUCGCAGUGACUAGUCAAGCCGCACCUGUAUUUGGCAAUAAGAUCAGCGAUAAAAAGAUUGUUAAUAUCAACGUUAUACCUGCUUCGAGGCUCAAUCAGCCGAUAAAACAGCAAAUGAGUACGAUCUUAGCUCCUCAACAAGCUAUAAAAAUACCCAAUCUUGCAAGCGGCUCUAUCCAAAUGAAUACAAGUAAAACUGGAAUGACCGGGGGUACCAGCCCGGUGGUUGUCGUUUCUCAAGGGACGCCGAUGCUGAAACAGAAUGGGAUACCAUUAGUACUAGGAAACACAUCAGCUGGGGAGAGUCAGCCAGUUUUGAUUCUAACAGCCCCGCAGUCUGGUUUAAGCCCAGGGAAUCUCCAGCAAAAUCUCCAGCAAAAUCUCCAGCAAGGUGGCAUACAACAAAGAGUUGUUCUCCAACCUAGUGGGGAUUCCUGUAUCUUUACGAUUCAACAACAGCAACCUUUGAGUUCAGGAGGCAAAGUUACAGUAGGAGCUGCAAAUAAAGGGAAUGUCAUUAUUGAAACAAGUAAAUGUCCGGUUACAACCUUAAAAAGCAAACUUCAUGCUGCAGCAUUGAAGAGAAAACUUCAUGGUAAGUCCCGCUUUGAAGGUGUCCAGAAUUACCAGUCAGUAUCAUCAAAAGUGAACUCACCCUUACCAUUGUUGAUCGAAAAUGGAUCAAUCAAAGAAGGCCUAACUACGCUGCAGGGAAGCAUUGUGUACCAGCUUCCAAGCGGCGAAAGCCCACGAAAAAAGGUUGCUAUUGCUCGAACCCCAAAACUUCACAAUGCGGUGAAUAGUGACAUUGUCACUAACAAUGCGCCCAAAGCAAUGCCGACUGCUGGUUUGACAUUUCCUGGAAGCUCACAAUUGAUCCAGAGCUUAUUAACAACCAGCACAACCGUGUUUGCUGGAGGAGCCAAACUAAAUAAUGCUCUUCCUGAACCUUUUAGUGCUGUGAAGCAACCAAACAGUCAAGUUGCCUGCGUGGCUGGUAGCAAGAUCCCUGGUACAAUGACCAAUGCCUCAAAUCGAGAAUCUGAAGUGUCAGUGCUUGCCAGUGCAGUUGGAAAUGCGGCAACAGUUGUAAACGUAUGUACGGGAGCUACGGGGUUAGCCAAUAGGAUAUUUGCCGGCAGAAGUGGCCAAGUGACGUCACAUCAGGGUACCAGUUUGCGGUCCCCCACCAAUCUGUCAUUUGUUGUCAACACCAGCAACAACGGUGUAAGGACUGGGGAAAACGUUAUUACUAAGCAACAAGUAAUUCCUCUUUCCCCAAGAAAAACAGAGCAGCUAAUUAAACCUGCUAUCAAAUCAUCUCACAACAGCAAUCUCGUAUCGCCAGUGGACCUCAUUUCUCAAGCAUCGUCUCCCAUUCUUGUAGCCCCUGCGGGCUUUACUCUUGGACCGCAAUAUCAAGCAACUUUGCCUGCUCGCUCAUUACAUGCCCAGAUUGUGCAGCUGCCAGCACAAAUACCAGCCAAACAAAUAGUUAAAGGCCCGGCAGAGUCGAACCGAGGGGUUGCAACUGCAGCGCAACUUGUCAUUGUACCUCAGUCACGGGCGGUAAAGGAGAUCUGCCCCGCUAGCGACUCUACUACUGCCGUUAAGGCAUUGAAAUCGUUAGAUCAAGUUUCAAAACAAACUACCAUAGCAAUUUCGCCAACUAGAGGAACAGUCGCAAUUAGUUUGCUUGAAAACAAAUCUUAUGUCGCCUCGAUCGCAAGCGAAGUUGCUAAUAUCAGAACGCAGAGCGAUUCAACUGCGCGUAGUGACACUUGCGUGUUUAACCAGGCAGCCCAGUCUUCAUGCGCCAGUUCAAACUCGUCUUUGCCUGUGCAAAAAAUUGAGGCUAAUACAUCCGUAGAAGCAGUAGUAGACUUUCCAUUGGCAGACACUGCUCGUGACAGCUCUGAACUUCAAACUUUGGCCGCUGUGAAGGAUAGAUCAAGUGUGACAUACAGCAUUGUGUCGCCAAUUCCCUCAGUGGAAAUACAUGGAUCAGAGGCCAAAGAGAGCGCCGAAAUGGAGGCAGAAUAUAGCUGAAAAAGUUUACAGUUUAAAGUUGUUUAGUUCCCGAACGAGGUCAUUGAAUAGCCUUCUCUGAAUAGUCAUUAUGACUUGAAACAACUAGUCAUUGUUUGCAGAAAAUUUAAAACUUCUUUGAAUACAUAAUCUUACAACCCGGAUACGAACUUUCAACUCUAAUUUACAUAAUACCUUAUAAUUGUUGCGAGGGAAACGGGUAUUAUUAUGUAGAAGUGUAUCUGACAAGGCUGCCUGUUGAGGAAUAGAGAUUGUUAUGUGAAAUCGUUCAUUGACCUAUCGGUUCAUAGUGAUAGCAAAUGGUCUUCUCCCCCCCCCCAGUUGUGAAGGUCAUGAUUCGCCGUAGAUUCUAUGCUUGGCUAUUUUAGAAUCUCCUUACUUUUUAUCUCCUAGCUUGCAACUUUUGAUGCCGUCGUUGGCUUGUUUGUUUGAGUUGUAAAUAUCCUUUUAGCAAACGAUAUCGUACUUCUGUUUUAAUUAUCGAUUUGAUAGUUAUCAAUGAAAUUGAGUUUGGUUGGUUUUGUUCAA